AUGUGCUCUGUUCAUCGAUUCCUCAUUUCACGUCUGCGCCCACUCUUCCUCCCCCUUCCACUCCCCAUCACUACCACCGCCCUGCAGCCGACCCCUCCCCUCUCAAGUCCUUCUCCCACUUCCUCCCGCCUCCCUCCCCUCGUCCCCCCCCCCCCCACGCCUUCCCCACUUCCCUGCCCUGCAGCCGACCUCUCCCCCCUCAAGUCCUUCACCCACUGGCCGCUCUCCAGCUCCCACCCGCUUCUCACAGCCGGCUCAACCCGACGCAACCCCUCGUCCCUCUCCCUCACCACGCUCUCCGACCUUAACGCUGCCUCCCUUGCGAUGCACCUCGCCCCCUUCGCCCUGCUCGCCCCCGCCAUGCCCUCCUCCCCCUGCCGCCCCUUCUCCUUCUCCACCUCCUUCACCUUCUGCAUCUCCUCCCCCAAUGCCGCCGGGCUGGGCGGCGAGGGCUUGGCGUUUGUGAUGCUGCCGUCUCCCACUCUUGGCUUGCCGGGGCCCUCCCUGGGGUACGGCCGCCUGCUGCUGCCCCCAGGGAGCACGACCGGUGCUGAUGACUCACAGCAGCACAAGAGCAUGGCAGUGGAAUUCGACACAUCCUCUUCUCCUGAUUUUUUCGACCGCCCCGACCACCACGUGGGGGUGAACCUGCACGGCAGCAUGCUCUCUCUUGCCUCUGCCCCCGUGCACUCCCUCGGCAUUCCCUCCCUCAACGCCGUGGCUGGGGGGGAACGACCUGGAGGCAGCAGCGCCCCCCCCCCGUCGCUGUUUGUGGGAUUCACAGCGGCCACGGGCAAGGGGGUGGAGCAGGCUCAGGCGCACGAGGUGCUGGGGUGGAGGUUUGAAACAAGGGAGGGUGAGUUGUGGGAGGUGCAUGAGUUGCUGGGGUGGAGGUUUGACGUCGGGGAGGCAGUGGAGGAUCCACUUCCGUUUUGGGCGGCAGACUCAUUCUCCUUCCCCUACAUCACACCAGCCACUCCCUUGCUGACACGUGGCAGCACCAGGAAACGCUUCUUCGCCGCCGAUCUCUCUGUCGCUGCUGAUGUGGCAUCAUCCACCGGCAAAUCAGAAGAUCCCGCUUCUUUGAGGAAGGUGAGGAAGGCGAUCCCACAUCACAUCAAGGUGAGGAAGGCGAUCUCACAUCACAUCAAGGUGAGGAAGGCGAUCUCACAUCACAUCAAGGUGAGGAAGGCGAUCUCACUUCACAUCAAGGUGAGGAAGGCGAUCUCACGUCACAUCAAGGUGAGGAAGGCGAUCUCACGUCACAUCAAGGUGAGGAAGGCGAUCUCACGUCACAUCAAGGUGAGGAAGGCGAUCUCACGUCACAUCAAGGUGAGGAAGGCGAUCUCACGUCACAUCAAGGUGAGGAAGGCGAUCUCACGUCACAUCAAGGUGAGGAAGGCGAUCUCACGUCACAUCAAGGUGAGGAAGGCGAUCUCACGUCACAUCAAGGUGAGGAAGGCGAUCUCACGUCACAUCAAGGUGAGGAAGGCGAUCUCACGUCACAUCAAGGUGAGGAAGGCGAUCUCACGUCACAUCAAGGUGAGGAAGGCGAUCUCACGUCACAUCAAGGUGAGGAAGGCGAUCUCACGUCACAUCAAGGUGAGGAAGGCGAUCUCACGUCACAUCAAGGUGAGGAAGGCGAUCUCACGUCACAUCAAGGUGAGGAAGGCGAUCUCACGUCACAUCAAGGUGAGGAAGGCGAUCUCACGUCACAUCAAGGUGAGGAAGGCGAUCUCACGUCACAUCAAGGUGAGGAAGGCGAUCUCACGUCACAUCAAGGUGAGGAAGGCGAUCUCACGUCACAUCAAGGUGAGGAAGGCGAUCUCACGUCACAUCAAGGUGAGGAAGGCGAUCUCACGUCACAUCAAGGUGAGGAAGGCGAUCUCACGUCACAUCAAGGUGAGGAAGGCGAUCUCACGUCACAUCAAGGUGAGGAAGGCGAUCUCACGUCACAUCAAGGUGAGGAAGGCGAUCUCACGUCACAUCAAGGUGAGGAAGGCGAUCUCACGUCACAUCAAGGUGAGGAAGGCGAUCUCACGUCACAUCAAGGUGAGGAAGGCGAUCUCACGUCACAUCAAGGUGAGGAAGGCGAUCUCACGUCACAUCAAGGUGAGGAGGGCGAUCUCACAUCACAUCAAGGUGAGGAGGGCGAUCUCACAUCACAUCAAGGUGAGGAAGGCGAUCUCACAUCACAUCAAGGUGAGGAAGGCGAUCUCACAUCACAUCAAGGUGAGGAAGGCGAUCUCACAUCACAACAAGGUGAGGAAGGCGAUCUCACAUCACAUCAAGGUGAGGAAGGCGAUCUCACAUCACAUCAAGGUGAGGAAGGCGAUCUCACUUCACAUCAAGGUGAGGAAGGCGAUCUCACGUCACAUCAAGGUGAGGAAGGCGAUCUCACGUCACAUCAAGGUGAGGAAGGCGAUCUCACGUCACAUCAAGGUGAGGAAGGCGAUCUCACGUCACAUCAAGGUGAGGAAGGCGAUCUCACGUCACAUCAAGGUGAGGAAGGCGAUCUCACGUCACAUCAAGGUGAGGAAGGCGAUCUCACGUCACAUCAAGGUGAGGAAGGCGAUCUCACGUCACAUCAAGGUGAGGAAGGCGAUCUCACGUCACAUCAAGGUGAGGAAGGCGAUCUCACGUCACAUCAAGGUGAGGAAGGCGAUCUCACGUCACAUCAAGGUGAGGAAGGCGAUCUCACGUCACAUCAAGGUGAGGAAGGCGAUCUCACGUCACAUCAAGGUGAGGAAGGCGAUCUCACGUCACAUCAAGGUGAGGAAGGCGAUCUCACGUCACAUCAAGGUGAGGAAGGCGAUCUCACGUCACAUCAAGGUGAGGAAGGCGAUCUCACGUCACAUCAAGGUGAGGAAGGCGAUCUCACAUCACAUCAAGGUGAGGAAGGCGAUCUCACGUCACAUCAAGGUGAGGAAGGCGAUCUCACAUCACAUCAAGGUGAGGAAGGCGAUCUCACGUCACAUCAAGGUGAGGAAGGCGAUCUCACGUCACAUCAAGGUGAGGAAGGCGAUCUCACGUCACAUCAAGGUGAGGAAGGCGAUCUCACGUCACAUCAAGGUGAGGAAGGCGAUCUCACGUCACAUCAAGGUGAGGAAGGCGAUCUCACGUCACAUCAAGGUGAGGAAGGCGAUCUCACGUCACAUCAAGGUGAGGAAGGCGAUCUCACGUCACAUCAAGGUGAGGAAGGCGAUCUCACGUCACAUCAAGGUGAGGAAGGCGAUCUCACGUCACAUCAAGGUGAGGAAGGCGAUCUCACGUCACAUCAAGGUGAGGAAGGCGAUCUCACGUCACAUCAAGGUGAGGAAGGCGAUCUCACGUCACAUCAAGGUGAGGAAGGCGAUCUCACGUCACAUCAAGGUGAGGAAGGCGAUCUCACGUCACAUCAAGGUGAGGAACGCGAUCUCACGUCACAUCAAGGUGAGGAAGGCGAUCUCACGUCACAUCAAGGUGAGGAAGGCGAUCUCACGUCACAUCAAGGUGAGGAAGGCGAUCUCACGUCACAUCAAGGUGAGGAAGGCGAUCUCACGUCACAUCAAGGUGAGGAAGGCGAUCUCACGUCACAUCAAGGUGAGGAAGGCGAUCUCACGUCACAUCAAGGUGAGGAAGGCGAUCUCACGUCACAUCAAGGUGAGGAAGGCGAUCUCACGUCACAUCAAGGUGAGGAAGGCGAUCUCACGUCACAUCAAGGUGAGGAAGGCGAUCUCACGUCACAUCAAGGUGAGGAAGGCGAUCUCACGUCACAUCAAGGUGAGGAAGGCGAUCUCACGUCACAUCAAGGUGAGGAAGGCGAUCUCACGUCACAUCAAGGUGAGGAAGGCGAUCUCACGUCACAUCAAGGUGAGGAAGGCGAUCUCACGUCACAUCAAGGUGAGGAGGGCGAUCUCACAUCACAUCAAGGUGAGGAGGGCGAUCUCACAUCACAUCAAGGUGAGGAAGGCGAUCUCACAUCACAUCAAGGUGAGGAAGGCGAUCUCACAUCACAUCAAGGCAAUCUCACAUCACAUCAAGGUGAGGAAGGCGAUCUCACAUCACAUCAAGGUGAGGAAGGCGAUCUCACAUCACAUCAAGGUGAGGAAGGCGAUCCCACAUCACAUCAAGGUGAGGAAGGCGAUCUCACAUCACAUCAAGGUGAGGAAGGCGAUCUCACAUCACAUCAAGGUGAGGAAGGCGAUCUCACUUCACAUCAAGGUGAGGAAGGCGAUCUCACGUCACAUCAAGGUGAGGAAGGCGAUCUCACGUCACAUCAAGGUGAGGAAGGCGAUCUCACGUCACAUCAAGGUGAGGAAGGCGAUCUCACGUCACAUCAAGGUGAGAAAGGCGAUCUCACGUCACAUCAAGGUGAGGAAGGCGAUCUCACGUCACAUCAAGGUGAGGAAGGCGAUCUCACGUCACAUCAAGGUGAGGAAGGCGAUCUCACGUCACAUCAAGGUGAGGAAGGCGAUCUCACGUCACAUCAAGGUGAGGAAGGCGAUCUCACGUCACAUCAAGGUGAGGAAGGCGAUCUCACGUCACAUCAAGGUGAGGAAGGCGAUCUCACGUCACAUCAAGGUGAGGAAGGCGAUCUCACGUCACAUCAAGGUGAGGAAGGCGAUCUCACGUCACAUCAAGGUGAGGAAGGCGAUCUCACGUCACAUCAAGGUGAGGAAGGCGAUCUCACGUCACAUCAAGGUGAGGAAGGCGAUCUCACGUCACAUCAAGGUGAGGAAGGCGAUCUCACGUCACAUCAAGGUGAGGAAGGCGAUCUCACGUCACAUCAAGGGCGAUCUCACAUCACAUCAAGGUGAGGAAGGCGAUCUCACAUCACAACAAGGUGAGGAAGGCGAUCUCACAUCCAUCAAGGUGAGGAAGGCGAUCUCACAUCACAUCAAGGUGAGGAAGGCGAUCUCACGUCACAUCAAGGUGAGGAAGGCGAUCUCACGUCACAUCAAGGUGAGGAACGCGAUCUCACGUCACAUCAAGGUGAGGAAGGCGAUCUCACGUCACAUCAAGGUGAGGAAGGCGAUCUCACGUCACAUCAAGGUGAGGAAGGCGAUCUCACGUCACAUCAAGGUGAGGAAGGCGAUCUCACGUCACAUCAAGGUGAGGAAGGCGAUCUCACGUCACAUCAAGGUGAGGAAGGCGAUCUCACGUCACAUCAAGGUGAGGAAGGCGAUCUCACGUCACAUCAAGGUGAGGAAGGCGAUCUCACGUCACAUCAAGGUGAGGAAGGCGAUCUCACGUCACAUCAAGGUGAGGAAGGCGAUCUCACGUCACAUCAAGGUGAGGAAGGCGAUCUCACGUCACAUCAAGGUGAGGAAGGCGAUCUCACGUCACAUCAAGGUGAGGAAGGCGAUCUCACGUCACAUCAAGGUGACGAAGGCGAUCUCACGUCACAUCAAGGUGAGGAAGGCGAUCUCACGUCACAUCAAGGUGAGGAAGGCGAUCUCACGUCACAUCAAGGUGAGGAAGGCGAUCUCACGUCACAUCAAGGUGAGGAAGGCGAUCUCACGUCACAUCAAGGUGAGGAAGGCGAUCUCACGUCACAUCAAGGUGAGGAAGGCGAUCUCACGUCACAUCAAGGUGAGGAAGGCGAUCUCACGUCACAUCAAGGUGAGGAAGGCGAUCUCACGUCACAUCAAGGUGAGGAAGGCGAUCUCACGUCACAUCAAGGUGAGGAAGGCGAUCUCACGUCACAUCAAGGUGAGGAGGGCGAUCUCACAUCACAUCAAGGUGAGGAGGGCGAUCUCACAUCACAUCAAGGUGAGGAAGGCGAUCUCACAUCACAUCAAGGUGAGGAAGGCGAUCUCACAUCACAUCAAGGCAAUCUCACAUCACAUCAAGGUGAGGAAGGCGAUCUCACAUCACAUCAAGGUGAGGAAGGCGAUCUCACAUCACAUCAAGGUGAGGAAGGCGAUCCCACAUCACAUCAAGGUGAGGAAGGCGAUCUCACAUCACAUGAAGGUGAGGAAGGCGAUCUCACAUCCCAUCAAGGUGAGGAAGGCGAUCUCACUUCACAUCAAGGUGAGGAAGGCGAUCUCACGUCACAUCAAGGUGAGGAAGGCGAUCUCACGUCACAUCAAGGUGAGGAAGGCGAUCUCACGUCACAUCAAGGUGAAGAAGGCGAUCUCACGUCACAUCAAGGUGAGAAAGGCGAUCUCACGUCACAUCAAGGUGAGGAAGGCGAUCUCACGUCACAUCAAGGUGAGGAAGGCGAUCUCACGUCACAUCAAGGUGAGGAAGGCGAUCUCACGUCACAUCAAGGUGAGGAAGGCGAUCUCACGUCACAUCAAGGUGAGGAAGGCGAUCUCACGUCACAUCAAGGUGAGGAAGGCGAUCUCACGUCACAUCAAGGUGAGGAAGGCGAUCUCACGUCACAUCAAGGUGAGGAAGGCGAUCUCACGUCACAUCAAGGUGAGGAAGGCGAUCUCACGUCACAUCAAGGUGAGGAAGGCGAUCUCACGUCACAUCAAGGUGAGGAAGGCGAUCUCACGUCACAUCAGGUAUCUCACGUCACAUCAAGGUGAGGAAGGCGAUCUCACGUCACAUCAAGGUGAGGAAGGCGAUCUCACGUCACAUCAAGGUGAGGAAGGCGAUCUCACGUCACAUCAAGGUGAGGAAGGCGAUCUCACGUCACAUCAAGGUGAGGAAGGCGAUCUCACGUCACAUCAAGGUGAGGAGGGCGAUCUCACAUCACAUCAAGGUGAGGAGGGCGAUCUCACAUCACAUCAAGGUGAGGAAGGCGAUCUCACAUCACAACAAGGUGAGGAAGGCGAUCUCACAUCCAUCAAGGUGAGGAAGGCGAUCUCACAUCACAUCAAGGUGAGGAAGGCGAUCUCACAUCACAUCAAGGUGAGGAAGGCGAUCUCACAUCACAUCAAGGUGAGGAAGGCGAUCCCACAUCACAUCAAGGUGAGGAAGGCGAUCCCACAUCACAUCAAGGUGAGGAAGGCGAUCUCACAUCACAUCAAGGUGAGGAAGGCGAUCUCACUUCACAUCAAGGUGAGGAAGGCGAUCUCACUUCACAUCAAGGUGAGGAAGGCGAUCUCACGUCACAUCAAGGUGAGGAAGGCGAUCUCACGUCACAUCAAGGUGAGGAAGGCGAUCUCACGUCACAUCAAGGUGAGGAAGGCGAUCUCACGUCACAUCAAGGUGAGGAAGGCGAUCUCACGUCACAUCAAGGUGAGGAAGGCGAUCUCACGUCACAUCAAGGUGAGGAAGGCGAUCUCACGUCACAUCAAGGUGAGGAAGGCGAUCUCACGUCACAUCAAGGUGAGGAAGGCGAUCUCACGUCACAUCAAGGUGAGGAAGGCGAUCUCACGUCACAUCAAGGUGAGGAAGGCGAUCUCACGUCACAUCAAGGUGAGGAAGGCGAUCUCACGUCACAUCAAGGUGAGGAAGGCGAUCUCACGUCACAUCAAGGUGAGGAAGGCGAUCUCACGUCACAUCAAGGUGAGGAAGGCGAUCUCACGUCACAUCAAGGUGAGGAAGGCGAUCUCACGUCACAUCAAGGUGAGGAAGGCGACCUCACGUCACAUCAAGGUGAGGAAGGCGAUCUCACGUCACAUCAAGGGCGAUCUCACAUCACAUCAAGGUGAGGAAGGCGAUCUCACGUCACAUCAAGGUGAGGAAGGCGAUCUCACGUCACAUCAAGGUGAGGAAGGCGAUCUCACAUCACAACAAGGUGAGGAAGGCGAUCUCACAUCCAUCAAGGUGAGGAAGGCGAUCUCACAUCACAUCAAGGUGAGGAAGGCGAUCUCACAUCACAUCAAGGUGAGGAAGGCGAUCUCACAUCACAUCAAGGUGAGGAAGGCGAUCUCACCUCACAUCAAGGUGAGGAAGGCGAUCUCACGUCACAUCAAGGUGAGGAAGGCGAUCUCACGUCACAUCAAGGUGAGGAAGGCGAUCUCACGUCACAUCAAGGUGAGGAAGGCGAUCUCACGUCACAUCAAGGUGAGGAAGGCGAUCUCACGUCACAUCAAGGUGAGGAAGGCGAUCUCACGUCACAUCAAGGUGAGGAAGGCGAUCUCAAGUCACAUCAAGGUGAGGAAGGCGAUCUCACGUCACAUCAAGGUGAGGAAGGCGAUCUCACGUCACAUCAAGGUGAGGAAGGCGAUCUCACGUCACAUCAAGGUGAGGAAGGCGAUCUCACGUCACAUCAAGGUGAGGAAGGCGAUCUCACGUCACAUCAAGGUGAGGAGGGCGAUCUCACAUCACAUCAAGGUGAGGAGGGCGAUCUCACAUCACAUCAAGGUUAGGAAGGCGAUCUCACGUCACAUCAAGGUGAGGAAGGCGAUCUCACGUCACAUCAAGGUGAGGAAGGCGAUCUCACAUCACAUCAAGGUGAGGAGGGCGAUCUCACAUCACAUCAAGGUGAGGAGGGCGAUCUCACAUCACAUCAAGGUUAGGAAGGCGAUCUCACAUCACAUCAAGGUGAGGAAGGCGAUCUCACAUCACAUCAAGGUGAGGAAGACGAUCUCACCUCACAUCAAGGUGAGGAAGGCGAUCUCACGUCACAUCAAGGUGAGGAAGGCGAUCUCACGUCACAGCAAGGUGAGGAAGGCGAUCUCACGUCACAUCAAGGUGAGGAAGGCGAUCUCACGUCACAUCAAGGUGAGGAAGGCGAUCUCACGUCACAUCAAGGUGAGGAAGGCGAUCUCACGUCACAUCAAGGUGAGGAAGGCGAUCUCACGUCACAUCAAGGUGAGGAAGGCGAUCUCACGUCACAUCAAGGUGAGGAAGGCGAUCUCACGUCACAUCAAGGUGAGGAAGGCGAUCUCACGUCACAUCAAGGUGAGGAAGGCGAUCUCACAUCACAUCAAGGUGAGGAGGGCGAUCUCACAUCACAUCAAGGUGAGGAGGGCGAUCUCACAUCACAUCAAGGUGAGGAAGGCGAUCUCACAUCACAUCAAGGUGAGGAAGGCGAUCUCACGUCACAUCAAGGCGAUCUCACAUCACAUCAAGGUGAGGAAGGCGAUCUCACAUCACAUCAAGGUGAGGAAGGCGAUCUCACAUCACAUCAAGGUGAGGAAGGCGAUCUCACCUCACAUCAAGGUGAGGAAGGCGAUCUCACCUCACAUCAAGGUGAGGAAGGCGAUCUCACGUCACAUCAAGGUGAGGAAGGCGAUCUCACGUCACAUCAAGGUGAGGAGGGCGAUCUCACGUCACAUCAAGGUGAGGAGGGCGAUCUCACAUCACAUCAAGGUGAGGAGGGCGAUCUCACAUCACAUCAAGGUUAGGAAGGCGAUCUCACGUCACAUCAAGGUGAGGAAGGCGAUCUCACGUCACAUCAAGGUGAGGAAGGCGAUCUCACAUCACAUCAAGGUGAGGAGGGCGAUCUCACAUCACAUCAAGGUGAGGAAGGCGAUCUCACAUCACAUCAAGGUUAGGAAGGCGAUCUCACAUCACAUCAAGGUGAGGAAGGCGAUCUCACAUCACAUCAAGGUGAGGAAGACGAUCUCACCUCACAUCAAGGUGAGGAAGGUGAUCUCACGUCACAUCAAGGUGAGGAAGGCGAUCUCACGUCACAGCAAGGUGAGGAAGGCGAUCUCACGUCACAUCAAGGUGAGGAAGGCGAUCUCACGUCACAUCAAGGUGAGGAAGGCGAUCUCACGUCACAUCAAGGUGAGGAAGGCGAUCUCACGUCACAUCAAGGUGAGGAAGGCGAUCUCACGUCACAUCAAGGUGAGGAAGGCGAUCUCACGUCACAUCAAGGUGAGGAAGGCGAUCUCACGUCACAUCAAGGUGAGGAAGGCGAUCUCACGUCACAUCAAGGUGAGGAAGGCGAUCUCACGUCACAUCAAGGUGAGGAAGGCGAUCUCACGUCACAUCAAGGUGAGGAAGGCGAUCUCACGUCACAUCAAGGUGAGGAAGGCGAUCUCACGUCACAUCAAGGUGAGGAAGGCGAUCUCACGUCACAUCAAGGUGAGGAAGGCGAUCUCACGUCACAUCAAGGUGAGGAAGGCGAUCUCACGUCACAUCAAGGUGAGGAAGGCGAUCUCACGUCACAUCAAGGUGAGGAAGGCGAUCUCACGUCACAUCAAGGUGAGGAAGGCGAUCUCACGUCACAUCAAGGUGAGGAAGGCGAUCUCACGUCACAUCAAGGUGAGGAAGGCGAUCUCACGUCACAUCAAGGUGAGGAAGGCGAUCUCACGUCACAUCAAGGUGAGGAAGGCGAUCUCACGUCACAUCAAGGUGAGGAAGGGGAUCUCACGUCACAUCAAGGUGAGGAGGGCGAUCUCACAUCACAUCAAGGUGAGGAGGGCGAUCUCACAUCACAUCAAGGUGAGGAAGGCGAUCUCACAUCACAUCAAGGUGAGGAAGGCGAUCUCACAUCACAUCAAGGUGAGGAAGGCGAUCUCACAUCACAUCAAGGUGAGGAAGGCGAUCUCACCUCACAUCAAGGUGAGGAAGGCGAUCUCACCUCACAUCAAGGUGAGGAAGGCGAUCUCACGUCACAUCAAGGUGAGGAAGGCGAUCUCACGUCACAUCAAGGUGAGGAGGGCGAUCUCACGUCACAUCAAGGUGAGGAGGGCGAUCUCACAUCACAUCAAGGUGAGGAGGGCGAUCUCACAUCACAUCAAGGUUAGGAAGGCGAUCUCACGUCACAUCAAGGUGAGGAAGGCGAUCUCACGUCACAUCAAGGUGAGGAAGGCGAUCUCACAUCACAUCAAGGUGAGGAGGGCGAUCUCACAUCACAUCAAGGUGAGGAAGGCGAUCUCACAUCACAUCAAGGUUAGGAAGGCGAUCUCACAUCACAUCAAGGUGAGGAAGGCGAUCUCACAUCACAUCAAGGUGAGGAAGACGAUCUCACCUCACAUCAAGGUGAGGAAGGUGAUCUCACGUCACAUCAAGGUGAGGAAGGCGAUCUCACGUCACAGCAAGGUGAGGAAGGCGAUCUCACGUCACAUCAAGGUGAGGAAGGCGAUCUCACGUCACAUCAAGGUGAGGAAGGCGAUCUCACGUCACAUCAAGGUGAGGAAGGCGAUCUCACGUCACAUCAAGGUGAGGAAGGCGAUCUCACGUCACAUCAAGGUGAGGAAGGCGAUCUCACGUCACAUCAAGGUGAGGAAGGCGAUCUCACGUCACAUCAAGGUGAGGAAGGCGAUCUCACGUCACAUCAAGGUGAGGAAGGCGAUCUCACGUCACAUCAAGGUGAGGAAGGCGAUCUCACGUCACAUCAAGGUGAGGAAGGCGAUCUCACGUCACAUCAAGGUGAGGAAGGCGAUCUCACGUCACAUCAAGGUGAGGAAGGCGAUCUCACGUCACAUCAAGGUGAGGAAGGCGAUCUCACGUCACAUCAAGGUGAGGAAGGCGAUCUCACGUCACAUCAAGGUGAGGAAGGCGAUCUCACGUCACAUCAAGGUGAGGAAGGCGAUCUCACGUCACAUCAAGGUGAGGAAGGCGAUCUCACGUCACAUCAAGGUGAGGAAGGCGAUCUCACGUCACAUCAAGGUGAGGAAGGCGAUCUCACGUCACAUCAAGGUGAGGAAGGCGAUCUCACGUCACAUCAAGGUGAGGAAGGCGAUCUCACGUCACAUCAAGGUGAGGAAGGGGAUCUCACGUCACAUCAAGGUGAGGAGGGCGAUCUCACAUCACAUCAAGGUGAGGAGGGCGAUCUCACAUCACAUCAAGGUGAGGAAGGCGAUCUCACAUCACAUCAAGGUGAGGAAGGCGAUCUCACAUCACAUCAAGGUGAGGAAGGCGAUCUCACAUCACAACAAGGCGAUCUCACAUCACAUCAAGGUGAGGAAGGCGAUCUCACAUCACAUCAAGGUGAGGAAGGCGAUCUCACAUCACAUCAAGGUGAGGAAGGCGAUCUCACGUCACAUCAAGGUGAGGAAGGCGAUCUCACGUCACAUCAAGGUGAGGAAGGCGAUCUCACGUCACAUCAAGGUGAGGAAGGCGAUCUCACGUCACAUCAAGGUGAGGAAGGCGAUCUCACGUCACAUCAAGGUGAGGAAGGCGAUCUCACGUCACAUCAAGGUGAGGAAGGCGAUCUCACGUCACAUCAAGGUGAGGAAGGCGAUCUCACAUCACAUCAAGGUGAGGAAGGCGAUCCCACAUCACAUCAAGGUGAGGAAGGCGAUCUCACAUCACAUCAAGGUGAGGAAGGCGAUCUCACAUCACAUCAAGGUGAGGAAGGCGAUCUCACGUCACAUCAAGGUGAGGAAGGCGAUCUCACGUCACAUCAAGGUGAGGAAGGCGAUCUCACCUCACAUCAAGGUGAGGAAGGCGAUCUCACGUCACAUCAAGGUGAGGAAGGCGAUCCCACAUCACAUCAAGGUGAGGAAGGCGAUCUCACAUCACAUCAAGGUGAGGAAGGCGAUCUCACGUCACAUCAAGGUGAGGAAGGCGAUCUCACGUCACAUCAAGGUGAGGAAGGCGAUCUCACGUCACAUCAAGGUGAGGAAGGCGAUCUCACCUCACAUCAAGGUGAGGAAGGCGAUCUCACGUCACAUCAAGGUGAGGAAGGCGAUCUCACGUCACAUCAAGGUGAGGAAGGCGAUCUCACCUCACAUCAAGGUGAGGAAGGCGAUCUCACGUCACAUCAAGGUGAGGAAGGCGAUCUCACGUCACAUCAAGGUGAGGAAGGCGAUCUCACGUCACAUCAAGGUGAGGAAGGCGAUCUCACGUCACAUCAAGGUGAGGAAGGCGAUCUCACGUCACAUCAAGGUGAGGAAGGCGAUCUCACAUCACAUCAAGGUGAGGAAGGCGAUCCCACAUCACAUCAAGGUGAGGAAGGCGAUCUCACAUCACAUCAAGGUGAGGAAGGCGAUCUCACAUCACAUCAAGGUGAGGAAGGCGAUCUCACGUCACAUCAAGGUGAGGAAGGCGAUCUCACGUCACAUCAAGGUGAGGAAGGCGAUCUCACCUCACAUCAAGGUGAGGAAGGCGAUCUCACGUCACAUCAAGGUGAGGAAGGCGAUCCCACAUCACAUCAAGGUGAGGAAGGCGAUCUCACAUCACAUCAAGGUGAGGAAGGCGAUCUCACGUCACAUCAAGGUGAGGAAGGCGAUCUCACGUCACAUCAAGGUGAGGAAGGCGAUCUCACGUCACAUCAAGGUGAGGAAGGCGAUCUCACCUCACAUCAAGGUGAGGAAGGCGAUCUCACGUCACAUCAAGGUGAGGAAGGCGAUCUCACGUCACAUCAAGGUGAGGAAGGCGAUCUCACGUCACAGCAAGGUGAGGAAGGCGAUCUCACGUCACAUCAAGGUGAGGAAGGCGAUCUCACGUCACAUCAAGGUGAGGAAGGCGAUCUCACGUCACAUCAAGGUGAGGAAGGCGAUCUCACGUCACAUCAAGGUGAGGAAGGCGAUCUCACGUCACAUCAAGGUGAGGAAGGCGAUCUCACGUCACAUCAAGGUGAGGAAGGCGAUCUCACAUCACAUCAAGGUGAGGAAGGCGAUCCCACAUCACAUCAAGGUGAGGAAGGCGAUCUCACAUCACAUCAAGGUGAGGAAGGCGAUCUCACAUCACAUCAAGGUGAGGAAGGCGAUCUCACGUCACAUCAAGGUGAGGAAGGCGAUCUCACGUCACAUCAAGGUGAGGAAGGCGAUCUCACCUCACAUCAAGGUGAGGAAGGCGAUCUCACGUCACAUCAAGGUGAGGAAGGCGAUCCCACAUCACAUCAAGGUGAGGAAGGCGAUCUCACAUCACAUCAAGGUGAGGAAGGCGAUCUCACGUCACAUCAAGGUGAGGAAGGCGAUCUCACGUCACAUCAAGGUGAGGAAGGCGAUCUCACGUCACAUCAAGGUGAGGAAGGCGAUCUCACCUCACAUCAAGGUGAGGAAGGCGAUCUCACGUCACAUCAAGGUGAGGAAGGCGAUCUCACGUCACAUCAAGGUGAGGAAGGCGAUCUCACCUCACAUCAAGGUGAGGAAGGCGAUCUCACGUCACAUCAAGGUGAGGAAGGCGAUCUCACGUCACAUCAAGGUGAGGAAGGCGAUCUCACGUCACAUCAAGGUGAGGAAGGCGAUCUCACGUCACAUCAAGGUGAGGAAGGCGAUCUCACGUCACAUCAAGGUGAGGAAGGCGAUCUCACGUCACAUCAAGGUGAGGAAGGCGAUCUCACGUCACAUCAAGGUGAGGAAGGCGAUCUCACGUCACAUCAAGGUGAGGAAGGGGAUCUCACGUCACAUCAAGGUGAGGAGGGCGAUCUCACAUCACAUCAAGGUGAGGAGGGCGAUCUCACAUCACAUCAAGGUGAGGAAGGCGAUCUCACAUCACAUCAAGGUGAGGAAGGCGAUCUCACAUCACAUCAAGGUGAGGAAGGCGAUCUCACAUCACAACAAGGCGAUCUCACAUCACAUCAAGGUGAGGAAGGCGAUCUCACAUCACAUCAAGGUGAGGAAGGCGAUCUCACCUCACAUCAAGGUGAGGAAGGCGAUCUCACCUCACAUCAAGGUGAGGAAGGCGAUCUCACGUCACAUCAAGGUGAGGAAGGCGAUCUCACGUCACAUCAAGGUGAGGAAGGCGAUCUCACGUCACAUCAAGGUGAGGAAGGCGAUCUCACGUCACAUCAAGGUGAGGAAGGCGAUCUCACGUCACAUCAAGGUGAGGAAGGCGAUCUCACGUCACAUCAAGGUGAGGAAGGCGAUCUCACGUCACAUCAAGGUGAGGAAGGCGAUCUCACGUCACAUCAAGGUGAGGAAGGCGAUCUCACGUCACAUCAAGGUGAGGAAGGCGAUCUCACGUCACAUCAAGGUGAGGAAGGCGAUCUCACGUCACAUCAAGGUGAGGAGGGCGAUCUCACAUCACAUCAAGGUGAGGAGGGCGAUCUCACAUCACAUCAAGGUGAGGAAGGCGAUCUCACAUCACAUCAAGGUGAGGAAGGCGAUCUCACAUCACAUCAAGGUGAGGAAGGCGAUCUCACAUCACAACAAGGUGAGGAAGGCGAUCUCACAUCCAUCAAGGUGA